UCUCACACAGUCUCAGUUUUAGGAGCUUCCUAUAGUUCUCUAAGCCAUGGAGAAGUUCUGGUUUCUUUUAAUUUGCCUUACUGACGUGCUUGUGCGUUUAAGUAUCGGUCAGCACCUUUUACGCGCGCCUGCCGGACCCUGGAGACAGCGCAUUGAGUGGGAGAAUAACGGUCAGGUAUACAGCUUGUUGAGCACCGGGACUCAGUAUCGCCUGCCUUCUCAGAGCAGAAAACGCACCCAGCUCUUACUGACAACAAAAAACAGUUUAAACCAAGUUAACCCUCCUGUUGCUCUCAUCAGAUCCACCAGAACCAGGUCUCUGAGCCCCCAGGAGACACCCAGGGAUCAUUCUGAGCAAAAUGACCAAAUGGACCAGUCGUUUCAUGGAGCAGAUGUAGGUCAGUAUCUGCUGGCGGCGGAUCGUUCCAGCGCACAGAGUCAGGCCCAUGUGGCUUCAGAUUAUCGCUCACACCGGGUCCGGAACAACAGCAGCGCCGCUGUUUUAAUACAAGAGUUUUCUGGCAGCGGAAUCCCAAGAGGAGGCAGAGGUGCUGAAGACAGCGGCGCGCAACGGGCCACCGCGCCACCUGCAAGAGCGCAGGAUUUUACGCACAGACAGCUCCAUAGAACCGCCCCUGGAAACUCGGACUCGGUUCAGAGAUCUCUUUUAGUCACCCUGGGUAACAAUGGUCGAGUCACAUCGCAGACCAGACCGCAGUCCCUGAUUAGAGCCACUGCAGAGGCUGAUGAUUCCAGCAAUUCAGUUGAGAUUCCGGAUACAACAGGUGCAAACGACCCACGGGAUCCACACAGCAUCCACCACAGGAACUCGGUUUUCUACAAUGUUUACCCAGCGGACCGCAGGAACAGGCAGAACACGGGAACUGGCCAUGGCACCAGGUUCUUCCACAACGGUCUCCCAGACCUAAUCCCUGACCCAUACUACAUCCAAGCAGCCUCGUAUAUCCAGAGAGUACAGAUGUAUGCACUCCGCUGUGCUGCUGAGGAGAACUGCCUUUCCAGGUCUGCAUACCAUCCUAGUGUAAGUGACCUGGACUACAGAGUUUUGCUGCGUUUCCCUCAAAGAGUGAAGAACCAGGGAACUGCAGACUUUCUCCCAAUGAAACCCCGACAUGAAUGGGAAUGGCACAGCUGUCACCAACAUUACCACAGCAUGGAGGCCUUCAGUAACUACGACUUACUGGAUAUCUCCACUGGACAGAAGGUUGCUGAGGGACACAAAGCCAGUUUCUGUCUGGAGGACACGUCAUGUGACCCAGGAGUCCGGCGACGUUUUGCCUGCACCGCUCACACACAAGGGCUUGGUCCUGGAUGUUAUGACACAUACCAUGCUAACAUUGACUGCCAGUGGAUCGACAUCACUGAUGUACCUCCUGGAAAUUACAUUCUUAAGGUGACAGUGAACCCCUCCCAGCUGGUCCAGGAGUCUGAUUUCUCCAACAACGAGGUGAGGUGCGACAUCAGGUACACAGGAAGCUACGUCCAGGCAAGAAACUGCAGGAUUGUCUUGAGCUGACCUGCAGAAGACACAGACAUGCCUUUUUAUUCUUAAAGUAAAGCUGCUAUUGUUUGGAUGCUGUUUCACUUUUUACCAAUAAAGUAGCCUUAUAUAUGAUAUACAUCCCACUAAUUACUGGCAAGCCUGUUAAAAAGUGUAAAAAAUACUCAAAAAGGGCUGUUUUCUUCUAUUAUUUAGGCUCUCUCUCAAUGUUAAAAGAAUCAAACCAUUUUAGAAGACUUAAUAAGAGGGGAAGACAAUCUUAAAUAAUAAAUAAAUAUUUUCAAUGUAAUUAUUUGGAAUCAGGUGGAAACACAUAAGACAUAUUUACCCUUCCUCCUGAAAAAAAAACUGUCUAGAUUACCCAGAGUCCUCUUUCUUCUACUUUACUCUCCUUUCUUCAUGCAACCUCAGGCAUCGUGGAUUAAGGUCUGAGGACUAAGGUCAUAGAAGAAGGUUGGUUCUUCACAGUGAGCUUGAAAAGCUUUUCUUUUAAUUAAUACCGGUACUUAUUUUACAGCAGAUCCCUCCGGGCUGCUUUUUACCCAUAAACUGCUUCAUAAUCAUCUGACCAAAGUGUAUUGCUCCAGUUAAAGUCCCAAUAUUGCUCCGUAAACUACACAAAUUUAUGUUUGCAGUGAUCAAACUGUAAAGCUUGUUCCUCCCAAAAUAUUAGGAUAUUUCUCCCAAAUAAUAAGGUGACAUUUAAAGAUGUCUAGUCACUGUUUUAAAGAAUUUUGGAUCCUCUCUAUGCAUGAGCGUUGAAGAUUUUACCUUCUUCAACAUCAAUGCACAUGAUGCCUGGUCAAACCGAGGCCCUUAUUUACUCCUCAGAGCUCCAGCUCUGCGUUAGCUGUAGAUAUGAGCAGACUUAGGUGAGUAAAUGCUUUCUUGCAGCCAUUUCCUGAGUUAUUGAGAUCUGCUCACAUCUGUCUUGGAUGGGACGUCCUCCUGUCUUUCCCAGUUUGAAGAGAGGAUAAGAGAAACAGGCUUCUGUGGCAUAUGGAUUACAAUUUAAGACACUUCUUGGAUACUCGUCAAAUUAAGAGGUGUUCAUUUGAGAAUUUCUUUUUUUAUAGGGUAACAAAGUAAAGAUUUGUAAGCAAUUAUUUCUCCAUGCGUUUUUAUCCCUACCAAAUAAACGCACACUUAUUAAUUAAAGUCCAUUUUUUUCCCUCAAUAUGAGUAAUGUUACAGUAAUAGAAGAUUAAUAUAUAUAUUUAGAUGGUUGUUAUGCAUCUGUACCAAGCCUUUUAAUAGGUGUAAAGGAGUCUGUAUAUGUUGCAGCAAAAAAUAAGCCAAGUUUUUUUUAUAUGAACAGGUUUACAAGCAAUGCAACAAAGAGGCCAACUAAUAACUGUAUGUCUGCAAUGGACAUAUAAAAUAUGUGCCAGAGGUUCACAUAAAUGAUUGUAAAGUGUCCUUAAGUACAAAUAAAGUUUCAGAGUAGAAUGGUCACUUUUUUUGCAUUACUUCUGAAUUUCUUGUUGUGUAAUUGUAUAAUUUGUAUUUUGGCUUGUUUUAAUGUGUUGUGUUGCAUGUUGUUUUGUGUUUUGGUGUUGCCUUAUUUAGCACUUUGAGUUCCAGGUGUGUUUUAAAUGGGCCUUACAAAUAAAGUUGAGUU